AUGGCAGAUUUAGUAAAGCUUUUAUUAAAUGGAUUUAGAAGGGAGAAAAAAAUGUUAGAUGCAAUCUCAUCAAAAAAUGUUGAAAUUGUUGAGCACUUAAUACAAGAUGGCUUUAAUGUUAAUUCCAAACUACAGAGACAGGGUGGAAAUUCUGCACUUCAUCUGGCAGCCCAGCUUGGUGAUAUAAACUUAGUAAAAUAUUUGUUAAAGGCUGGUGGAGAUCCUAUGCUUAAAAAUGAUCUGAAUUCAACUCCCAUUAUUUUGGCAGCAAGAAACAAUCAUGUUGGUUGUUUAGAGAGUUUAAUUUCAUCAGCUAAACUAUUAUUGGGUAUAGAAUCCUUAUGGCUACAGUACCAUGGAUCAAUCUUCUUGUGGAAGGAAUCGUCAGAAGUAAUUUUGCGGUGUUUUAUUUGUGCUACACCACAUUUAGAAAAGUUGAGAAAUAACACUCAACAGAAUCUAUUUUUUCUCUGUGCUGAUAAAAAAAUGUAUAAAUGUUUAAAACUAUGGGUAGUAUUAGGUAAUAAGUUGAAUUCUAGUCAAGUGGCUUACUUAAAUUCUGAAGAAGAUAAAGAGUUUAUAAGUUGGAUGCUAAACUACAGGAAAAAAAUUCAAUCUUUGAAAUAUUACUGUAGCUUAGAAAUUAGACAAAGCCUGCAUAACAAGUGUAAUGUGUUUUAUGGGUGUCAGUUGCUACCUAUACCAAAAAGUUUGCAAGAAUAUAUUUGCUUUAGAAUUUAA